AUGCGCAAAAUUUGUUUGGAAUUUACGGAUGACUCCCUAAAACGGAUACAGGAAGAAAUCAACGAAGUAGCAAGACGAGAACAAGAACUUCGGCAAGGUCACAAUGCUACCGACAGUCAUGAUUACUGCUUAUCGUCGUCCAAUUCGGACGACUCUGGACUGUCCCUUUCGCCUAGUCCUAUUCAUUCGCCAUCGGUAUCCAACUUAAAAGAUAAAAUUGAGGCAGUAAACAAUCAUUUAAUUACUGCCAAUGGUCACGACAAUACAGUUAGCAACGGAAAUCGUCAGCUUAUUUCGCCCCAGUCCAAGGCGUUGACCCGAGCGCGUUCCACCCCGCAGCUUUUUCAAAUUUCUCCAAACCGGCGCUUCAACCCGAAUCCAAAUCAGCGAGGUAUAAUGCAAAAAUUUAUUGCCUCUCGAGGCCGACUGAAUAAGCUACACUCGGUGCCUGCCAGUAACGUUAGCAGCAAUAUUAUCAACAACAAUCACACUGCAAUAUUAGAUCAACACGUGUCUCCCAUCGAGCUCAACCGGCCGACACAUAUUUUACUUCCACCGACGGCUAUCUCAACACCGCCAGUGAUUGAACGGGACUCUAAUGGCAAGCCCAUCCGACGCGGAUAUAUACCAGUUGAGGAAAAAAUUCAAAAAGAGCUGCUGGAUUUAAAGAACAGAGAAAGUGAACUGAAGCGCUUCCGCAAGCAGAAUCGUAUUGCAUCACAAUCCAAUUUACUGGAGCUAUGCUACGAAAGUGAAUCAAGCGAGGAGUUGUCAGAUGAAGAAAAUACGGACAAGAUUACGUAUCCGUUGACUGAAACACUGCGAUCUACUAAGUCAAUAGGUGAACUUUGCGAAGCCAUCAAUAAUUCUAGUCUUUCCCCGAGAGGAACUCCAUCACCACAAUUUGAGAAUCGCCAGCGGACUUCAGGUAUGCGGCCAGCUGUGUCCCUGGCACAACUCUGCGACUUAAAUCCUGAAGAUGCGCCUUCGUCGCACAAACUAAUAGCACAAUGGGAGAACCUUAUCCAGCAGAAGCAGCAACGAUAA